AUGUCAACAUCCGUAUCAACAACUACUGAACCACAAUUGUAUUUUGAAGCCAGAAUCACGGAGGAUUCCGUUAAAAAAUUCUAUUUAAUAAUGAGAUUAGCUACUAGUAACUAUACAUCACUUAAUUUUUAUACAAAACCAGAAGAACUCAUAAUGACGGUUAGUUGCAAAAUGGAUAGACCAAUAAAAACGAAUUUUACCAGAGAUUUUUUCACCUCAUAUAAUAUUACAAACAGCCACUGUUAUUGUAUACAAAGUGCAGGAAUUAAGGAAAUUAUUAAAAAAGAGAUUAAUGAUUUUGAGGAGGUUGAUGAAUUAACUAUUAAAGUAAAGCCUGAUGAACUCACAUUUUCAUACAUAUUGCAUUGUAUGAUCACUGAAACAAUAGAUACUGAUUGGGGUAUUCCAGUGUGUAAUAAUUUAUUGUGCGUUGAAUAUAGUUCAGAAAUUUUAAAACAUAUUAUUGAAGGUAUUCAUAAAUAUACCAGAGAAAUAAGAUUAACCUUUCAUCCUGAUGCAACGAGCAUUGAAAGUGUAAAAAAUCCUUAUGAUCGGCAUAGAGCUAAACGGAUAUUUCCUCGAUCCAAUUUUACAAUAUAUAAUCUUAUGCAGCCUGUUAAUUGUACAGUAUUGAGGAAGACAUUCAAAGUAUGUAACUGA